UCUCCCUGGCUUUAGGAUGUCCUUUCAUUACACCUCGCAACAGACAAAAACCUUUUUUUUUUUUUAGUUUGAACAGAAAAUUACGGAUUCAAUAACACCGUUCUCGGCCGAUAUAUUCAGCAUCCAAGCAAUUUGAAAUAAUCAAAACUGUAAAUCCUAACUCUAUCGUGAGCAGCCGACAGGAAUAGAGCCGGAUUUAGGGCCUUGCGCCUAAUCACCAUGGAUAUGAAGAUAUUUGGCACGGACCAUUCAUGAGGAUAAGGAUCAUCAAGGAAGUUGCAGUUACACGGAAAGUCCAUCAAUCCAGAGCUGCCCCGAAAGCAGAAUGAGCAUGAACACGCCAGCAUGGGAUAUGAUGGAAGGUUUAUUAACCAUGAAAACAAACUUGUGCAAGGAGCUAUGUUCCCAUUUCAACCAACGGAGACUUAUAACGCGUGCUCGACUCUCCUUUACGUAUCUUCGUGAUCAGUGGAAUGACAAGCCCGAGGCCCUAAAACGACGCAUGGACCUUAAAAACGAAUUGACACAUGAAAGGGACCUGGCUCUUGAUGCAUGCUCUUUCUCGGGUAGUAUUAAAUCAGGCCUCAGAUUUUACAAUUACUCCAUAGCGUAUGGUAUCUCGACGACUAAUGGGCUGACAAGUUGCCGGAGAUUCAACGCCGGAUUGAGCUCGGCAACAUAUGGAGAUGAAAGAAAUUCAGUGCUACGCCAUUCAUUAGUUAAGCUCUUAGUCGUGUUCUUUACUAAGAGCUUGAGGGAUGAUGAUAAAAUGGACCCUAAUAUGGGGUUUACACUAACAAAGCCAUCGAACUAUAUACAGAGCGUCUUUUUUCUUGAUAUGCUUAAACAUGAACGUUAUCAGCCACCAAAAUUACUAACAGGAUCUUUACCACACCCGUCAUUUAGGAAAACUGCGAACGGCACUUUUAGCAGGACCAAGCCAUGGUUGACUAUCCAAAUAUGCUCAAUAGUUUCUUUUGGUACGUUAAUUCACGCGGUUUGCAGGUUCGCUCACGUUAUUUCGAUACAUACCUCUGGGAUCACAGAAACGGUGAUUCAAAUGAGACAGGACGGAAUAUCGCACCGGGAAUGAACUAGCCCACGCCAGUGACCAUACCCUAGAUGGUAUGAUGUUUAUGGAAAGAAUGAAAAGCGACACAGAUCUGUAUGACGACGUCUACGGAACAACUCCAGAGCGUGAUUCAACUCCAUACGGAAGGUCACUUCUGAGUCCUCGAGACAGUGCAACAAUGUGGAAUACUCGAUGCAAAUUGGCUCACACAGCAACUUGAAAUCAGAGACAGUUCUAACCCAUGAGGAAGACAUUAUAGUGGGCGACCCAUCCUUUAGGCAG